AUGAAUAAUCCCGACAUUUUGCAAUUCAUCGGAGUUGAGAAAAGAGGAGAUAAUUUACAAGCAGAAUUUUGGCUAGUAACAGCCUUUCACGAAAAGGGUUCUUUAUGCGACUACCUCAAAGCUAAUAUUAUUACAUGGGCAGAAUUGUGUAAAAUUGCUGAAUCCAUAGCUCGGGGUUUAAUGUUUUUACAUGACGAAGUCGUGGGAAGCAAAGGAGAAGGGUUUAAACCGGCAAUUGCACACAGAGAUUUCAAGUCAAAAAAUGUUUUGCUCAAAUCCGACAUGAGUGCAUGUAUUGCUGACUUUGGUUUAGCUUUGAUGUUUCAACCUAAUAAACCUUGCGGAGAUACUCACGGACAGGUAGGAACUAGACGCUACAUGGCUCCGGAAGUACUCGAGGGAGCCAUAAAUUUUUCUCGCGAUGCUUUUCUUCGCAUCGAUAUGUACGCAUGUGGUCUCGUUCUUUGGGAAUUGGUUAGCAGGUGUACUGCUCAGGAUGGACCGAUUUCGGAAUAUAUGCUUCCUUUCGAAGAAGAGGUUGGCCAACAUCCUAGUUUGGAAGAUAUGCAAGAAUGUGUUGUAAAUAAAAAGCAACGUCCAAUUUUACGUGAAACCUGGCGACAACAUCCGGGUUUAUGUGCUUUGUGCGAUACAAUGGAAGAAUGUUGGGAUCACGAUGCCGAAGCUCGAUUAUCAGCAUCAUGCGUUAUGGAAAGAGUUUCAUUUCAAUCGAGGUGA